UUGUUGUUGUUGUGCUCAACUUGGUCUUUUCGUUCGGUUACCACAGAAAAUGGCAGCAAGACAGGAAGGAGGUGCGGACAAGCGAAACAUUUUCCAAGAUGUUUUCAGAAGAGCUGACAAGAAUGACGACGGAGCUUUAUCUUGGGAAGAAUUCAAAGCAUUUUUCAGUGAUGGGGUAUCCUCAGACGAAGAUUUGAAGCGGCUCUUCAAAGAAAUUGAUACACACAAUUCAGGUAACUUGGAUGUUGGCGAGCUCUUUGAAUUCUUCACUAAACAUCUUGGACCUUUUUCGGAGAUUUUUGGAACCUUGGACAUUAUUGGGGCUUCUGUCACCCUAGCACUGAAAAGCUGCCAUGAGAAAUAUCCAUCAAGCUCGGAAACAGAAAAGUUUGCAACUCGAUUUCUCUUGCGCGAGGUGCUAAGAAUGUUUGGAUUUAUUCAACAUCACUUGGAAACUGCUUCAGAGAGUAUAGAUGAUGAUGAAAGGAAGAACAGAUCUACUCCAAGACCUGCUGAUACCGACCAAACCCAGAGCUCAGUGAAACAGCGUAGAGCAAUGAGGCGCAUGGCAAGUUAUCAGCAGCAAACAAGUUUUCCAGGAACGUCUGGCCUCUUCCUCGAAAAUGAAGUCAAUCGCCUUUCCGAGUUGAUUGAUAAACUGGAAACGCUUGGAAAAUUCGAUGACAAGGUAUCUUUGGACGUUGUGGAAGAAGAAAUUGCAGCGCAAAAUGAUUUGUUGGAAAUUGUCUGUCAUAAAUUUGAGAUUGAUGGCUCAAAAUAUGAAGAAUUUAAGCAAAUAUUGCGAGAAUAUGUUAUUGGAACUAGAAAAAAUGACAACUGCUCAGGGCUGUCUGUAAGAAUGGACAAAGAAUCAAAAGGUUUUGCGGUUUUUGAAAUCUGGAAUAGCAAACAAGAGCUAAACAAGCAUCUGGUUUCUGACUUAUCAAAAACAUUCCAACGAAGUGCCAUUGAUUGUUUGGUUCAACCCGAAGAAUUCACUAAGUUCCAGUUACCCAGUUCAUGGCUAAAACCAAAGUGAAUCCCAACUGACAACAUAUGAGCACAUUUUAUGGUAAAUAAUUUGUAUUAAAAUUUUGCACUUUUAUAUGUGGGGUCUUAAUAGAAAUAUUUCAUACUUCUAAGAUUAAUGACACAUACUUAGCAUAUCAUGACUGUUGUAAAAAGUUAUAAUAAACUCUGGCACAAAUCCAGCAUCAAACAUUAUGAAUUUAUCAAUGUUGCAUAUUUGUAAACAUAACUAGUCUAUGCAGCUUUGUGUUUGUAAAAUUUCCUUCUUUCUCUGUAAAGAAGAAUUUGUUUCGAUA